AUGGAGGAAACAGCUGAAGGAGAAAACCAUUUGCACCAGGAAUUACCACAAGAACUCAUCAUUGAAAUUCUGGUCAGGUUACCUGUCAAACUCCUCUUGAAAUUCAGGUGUGUUUCAAAAUCAUGGCUUUCUCUACUUUCAAAUACUGAAUUCCACAAAACCCAUGUCAAUUUUUCCAUAAAGAACCCCAAAAUGACUGAUUACACAAUUGCUGGUGUAACCUCAGUCUCUGGUUUAGGUAAAAUCUGCCAUGUUUACACCAUAAAGUGUGAAAAUUUAUUUAUUACUGUGGCUAAGCAUGGCUGUCCUCCUAAAUCUUUGCCUCUCUCGGCUUGGCUAUUGGGUUCUUGCAAUGGUUUAGUUUGUUUAACUAGUGACUCAUUUACACUAAUGCUAUUGAAUCCAUGUACUGGAAAUUUUAAUGUAUUUCCUGAUACAAUGUCUCAGUAUAAAGUUGGUGCUGGUGGUUGUUAUGUUAGAUAUGGAUUUGGUUAUGAUGCAUCUAUUGAAGAUUAUAAGGUUGUCAAGAUCUUUAGUUUUCCUCAGAAUGAGGGCAGACAUGAGAACAUAGUUAAGGUUUAUAGCUUAAAGGCUAAUUCUUGGUCAACUAUUCAUGGUUUUAAUAGUGGUCGUAUAAAUGGAAUGGUGGGUGUGUUUGUAAAUGGGGCUCUUCAUUGGGAUGUUUGUCAUCCUCAUAUUUCGCGUGCUUUUUCGGAGAUUGUUACUUUGGAUUUGGCUGCAGAGAGACAUGGAAAAAUUGCACUUCCUAGUAAUGAAGAUGGAGGUAUUCAUUGGACAUUAGGCGUUUCAAGAGGGCGUUUAGUUGCUUGUUGCAACUAUGAAACAAAUAAGGCAGAUAUGUGGGUGAUGAAGGAGUAUGGUGUCGAGAAAUCCUGGACUAAGUUGGUUGCCAUCUCGUUGCCUGUUGAUCGUAGAGUUGAUAUCACUCCAUUGUAUGUGGCAGAGAACGGUGAUGUUCUGCUGAAGCUUGGCACAGAGCUAAUACUGUAUAAUUCAAGGAACACAUCAUUCAAGCGACUUGCCGAUUAUGUCUCGGGUGAUUUCCUUCAAGUUCAAGUGGCCACCUACUUAGAGAGCCUUACUUCACCUCAUAUUUGGUGA